GUGGAGAUCAGGGCUGCUGGCCUCAUUCAGCAUGGAGAAUCGGGUUAAAUGAGGGAACCGCUUCAGUAGGGCGCGGCGAAAGCUUCCGCAGUUCUUUUAGUUUACAAGAAGUAGCUAGGCACUAAAAGUAAAUUAUAUACUUAUCAUACGGGUUAUCACAGGAAAAGCAGAUAAAAUGUCAGUGGAACCGGUAUCCGUUAGUACGGACGAAGGUCCUGACACCACAGCUGCAUUUCCAGUAGUGUUAAAGAAAAUUCUGGAGACUCCUCCACCCAUCCUCUUCUCUGGUGAAGACGAAAAUGAAAAAGAUAAGCUGUUGGGAGAUGAUCCAGACAGCGGAGGAGGGGUCAGUGGACUUGGGCCUUCAGCCGCCUUGACCCCUGCAAUCUGGGAUAAGACUAUUCCCUACGAUGGUGAGACCUUCCACUUGGAGUACAUGGAUCUGGAGGAGUUUCUGAUAGAGAAUGGUAUUCCUGCUUCAUCUGAAGAAGCCCAGGUAAAAGAGCUGACCAAGGAAAGCUCCCAGCAGACACCUGAGAAGCCAGUUGAUGUCAUUUCGAAGACAGAGCCAGCCCCAGUCUCUCUGUUGCCAGUCGUAGAACUGGACCAGUGUCAGGAAGAGGUUAUCACAACCACUGCAUCAAGCACAGACUCAGUAGAGACCAAAACAGACAAUGACCGGUUGACGCCGGAGCCUGUUGACCCGGAAGACAUUGAGGUGGAAGUGAACUUCGAGCCAGAUCCUACAGACCUCGUCCUGUCCAGCGUACCUGGAGGAGAACUGUUCGAUCCCCGCAAACAUCGCUUUACUGAAGAGGAGCUCAAGCCACAGCCCAUGAUCAAAAAAGCAAAGAAAGUCUUUGUGCCAGAAGAGCAUAAGGAUGAGAAAUACUGGCAGAGAAGGAAGAAGAACAAUAUUGCAGCUAAACGUUCACGAGAUGCCCGGCGCCUGAAGGAGAAUCAGAUCACGGUCCGUGCUGCCUUCCUGGAGCGGGAGAACACAGCGCUGAGGCAGGAGGUGUCUGAGCUGCGCAAGGACUUUGGGCGCUGCAAGACUACUUUGUCACGCUAUGAAGCCAAAUAUGGACCACUUGCUCCAGCUGAAGACCAGUAGAAUGUUUUACUAACUUUAAGAGAUGUUAUACAUUAAAGGAGCAUUCAUUCUAAAUCCAUCACCCAAUACAUGAGGGCGAAACGUCAGUUUAGGAGAAUGUAACUGACCCCUAGCCAUUUUGUAGCUGAAAGUAAAUCUGAUGCAGAAGUUCAAGUUGGGGCAAAUUGGAGGUCUUGUAACAUGAGCUGUGUCUAUUACUGCUCUAUUAACUAUUCCUUGUCUUGUUUUACACGUUCCCAUGUCUUCAAUGCAUUGUUCAGAUGCACUAACAUCAAUUUUGUGGCACACAUUAGGUAACAUAUGCUUAACUAGCUAGAUUCCAGAUUCAAUCAGUACCACAAAGUAGAAGUUUGAUUCUGACUAACUGCAGCGUUACUUAUACAACUGACAGAAAGCUAAAAUACAAACCGUUUUCUUAUGCUAGCUGCUGUGACCAUCAAGCUAGGCUAAUGCUAGCUUAAUUAGCAGGCACAAAAAGCCCACACCACAGUUCAAUCCAAACUAUAGGGUUCCAGACAAGAGUUAGUGGAUAAAGACUCGAAAGAGAGUAAAGUGAAUUAUUUUUGGAACAGCUACGUGUUAUGUGGUGUGUGCGUAGCUCUAAGCCUGUCAGCUAUCACUUAGCCCUAUUCAGGCACUGGUUUUCUGGUAUUUCCUAGCAGCUUAGCUCAUAGCUUAAUGAAUCUGAUGCAGAACAGCCAUAUAAAAAACAUUGUUUUUCUACAAGGGGAAAUAAAAUCCUUUUGUUCUUUUUUUUUUUGUAAACGUUAAACACAUAUACACUGUUCACACCAUGCUUGUAUUGUCUCUGGUGUUACCCGCAAUUGUCCCCAAGGUUAAAAAAUUACCACGAACCUUUAGUCAGAAAUGUAAUACAAAAAAUUGGAUUUUGAAUUGAACACUCUUUCUAAUGUGAAAAAGAAUGAUAUUAGAGUGUACUGUGCGGAGAGGAAGAUGGUGAAGAGGAAGAACAGACAGGAUGCUGGUGAGGAGUGAAUUUGUGGUUUACCAGUGAUCAGUAUCUUGUUUAAAGUUGUUUUAAUAUCAUGGUUUGCACUAGGUAAAGGCUUUUUUAGUGCAAAUAG